CUGAGCCUGAGGAAUCUAGAAGCCCCACUGGGUGACUGAGGAGAGGGGAUAGUCUUCGGGAAAGGAGAACGGAGACAGGCUAACUGGAAGGGCAGAGGUGAGGGUGCGGUGGGGUCUGCUCUCUGGCACUGUCCCCAAGAGCACCCAGAGGAACAUCCUGUUCUUUUAACUUUCCCCACCCCACCCCUAGAGUUUCUACUGGCCCAUUCCUCCUAGACGUUCCAUCAGCUCUCAGCUCUGUGCCUUCAGCCUCUCUCCCAACUCUUCCAGACUGAGGCCCCUCCCAUGCUAGGGUUUAUGGGAGCUUCCACGCCCAAUUUCACCCCUGGUUCCCCUAGGCCGCCCCCUCCCAUCUUCUGACCUCGGUCCGGAGCCUCACACACCUGUUUUCUCUACAGACCCCUCUCAGGCCACUCUCUCUGGUCCCCUCCCCAGUCCUCCCCUCGCCCUCCUCUCGGCGGUCUGCCUUCUCCCAUCUCAUCUCCGUCUUUCCUCUCUCUCCACCUCUGUCCACAUCCCUCUCAGGACACCCCCACCCCCUUCUCAGUUCAUUCUUGGUCCCCAGCCCUGCACUUCUCACCCCUUCACCCUCCUAACUGAAUCGCAGGUCUCUCCUUCCUCCAGCUCCAUCUUUCUCUUUUCCCUGCCUCCCCACCCUCCAGUCCCUCCAGCCAGCUGUACAGCUCCCAAAUUCCGGGCGAGAGUCCCAGGACAAAACAAGAAAAAUCAGAGCAAUUUGGGAAGUAAACAGAAACUGGAAAGGAGUGGGGAGAGAAAAGCAAGCGGGGAGGACCCAGGUGGUGGUGUGGGGGGGGACUCUCCGGUCCCACCCAGUUUAGGGAAUGCCCCUGCCUUCUCCCCUCUCUCCCCCUUCACCUGGCUCUUAAAGGGCCCGGCCCCUGACCGGCGCUACUUAAGGCAGAGGGGCGGCAGCGGGCAGCAGCUGCGCUUGGACUGCUCUGGAAGGCGUGGACGGGGCAAAACUCCUGACCAUGACCCGCAACGGGCUGCUGCCGCCACUGCUGUUGCUAACUCUGCUGCUCGCUGCCUACCCGGGAGACGCCUUGGCACGGUGCCCAGGCUGUGGGCAGGGGGUGCAGGCGAGCUGUCCGGAGGGCUGCGUGGAGGAGGUUGGGGGGCCGCCGCUGGCCGAGAGCUGUGCAGAAGCCAAGGGCUGUGAGAGGAGAGAAGGCCAGCAGUGCGGGGUCUACACCCCGUUCUGCGCCUCGGGACUGCAGUGCCGCCCGCCCGAGGGCCAGGAGGAGCCUUUGCGGGCGCUGCUGAUGGGCCGGGGCCGCUGUCGCAGGGCCCGAGCGCCCACGGAGGAGACCCCGAAGGAGAAUAAACCCCAUGGAAGUGCCACUCGCCCCCAAGAUGUGAACCGCAGAGAACAGAAGAAUCCAGGAACCUCAACCACUCCCGCCCGGCUGAAUCCUGGGGCUGUCCAAGACACUGAGAUGGGCCCCUGCCGAAGACACCUAGACUCAGUGCUGCAGCAACUCCAGACUGAGAUCUUCCGAGGGGCUCAAACCCUCUAUGUGCCUAAUUGUGACCAUCGAGGCUUCUACCGGAAGCGGCAGUGUAGGUCCUCCCAGAGGCAGCGCCGAGGUCCCUGUUGGUGUGUGGAUCGAAUGGGCCAGCCCCUGCCAGGUUCUACAGAAGGUGAUGGAACCUCACAUUGUCCCGCCGGAAGCAGCAGCUAAAGUGGGUUGGGGGCUCCACGCAGCUGUCCUCUAGGGUUACUGGUUGAGUGAUGAGUAAUUUGGGGGCUCUGGGCCUCAUAAUUGUCUUCAGGUUCUGUCCCAUUGUCCCCCUCACUCCUGGCCCCUUACACAUCUAGUUGGAAAGAUUGCUGGUGUCAGCUUGAGGUUUUAAUAAAGCUAUGUUGGGGUCUCUGG